UACAGAAAGAUGGAUAGAUGAUAGAAACACAAGUAGACAGGACAGAUACAUAGACAGACAGGUAAGUACAUCCAUAUUUGUCCUGAAUGUUUCUGCCCAGGGGUUCCUAUGAAUUCCCCACAUCCUUCUUUGUCCUAUGCACACCAGCUUAUUUGGAUGGACCCUCUUGAGUCUUCUGUACGUUUGGGAGGUUCUGUGUGCCCACUCCCUCAAUCUCCCCAUUCUCCUGUCUCCAUACAGCUGGCCCGAAGAGGCCUCAAUGUUGUACUGGUGAGCCGAUAUCUCAGCAAGUUACAUCGGGAGGCAGAGGACAUUGAGAGACUCCAUGGUAAGGAAACAAGAGUCAUCCAGGUGGACUUCACUGGAGGCUUAGAGAUCUAUGAGACAGUUGAAAGAGGCUUGGAGGGCCUAGACAUCGGCAUUCUAGGUACACACCCAUUCCCUCUUCCCUUCUCAGUCCUGCCCCUAGAAUUCCUCUCCAUCACCUUGCUCUGUGGUACUGACCUGUGUUUUUACAGUCAACAAUGUUAGAGUAGCUUCCAAGAUAACCCUCCACAAGCUAAUGGAUUUGAAGAAUGCAGGCAAGGUAGAGGAAGCUACAUCCCCCCUCCCUGCCCAACUCAUGCCCUUUUCCAUUUCUCUCAAUUUUUCCAUCUCUUCUUCUCCCCUCCCUAUUCCUGCCCUCUUUAUGUGCCCCUUGUUUCAUUGCCCCAUCUUCCCUCCUAUCUCACCACCCCCACCUCUCCCACCUUUCCAACAGGCAGAAAGUGCUUUGUAAAUUUAAAUCAGGUGAGAAAUGUGAGCUCUCCUUCCUUUUGUGGCCAUAAUAAUAAUCAAUGUUGACAAAAUAUUGCCUUCAAAAUUCUGACACUUUGUUCCAGUUUAAGUCUAUUUGUCUUCCCUCUAUUUAUUUACAAAUGUGGUUUGAUUUGUUUUAAUUGGGCCUUGGGUCAAGCUUGGGGGAAGGGAUUUGAGUGCUUAGGGAAAUUUUCCUAGAGGACUUGGAACUUGAUUGGGGCAUGGGGAGCCUUGAAGGUUGAGAAAGACCUUAAUGUCUCAGCAAACUCCAACCUGAGAAUUCAUGGCCAGAUUGCUUUAGGGGGAAGUGAGAGACCAUGGGGCCCAUGAAAAAUGAAAGGUGUCCUCUGUCUUCCCAGAGCUUCAGAGAUGUGAUGAAUUCUAACAUGCUGUCAAUGAUUCAGAUGACCCAGAUCAUCCUGACUGAGAUGGCAGCCAGGGGACGAGGAGUCAUCAUCAACAUAUCCCCUGAGGCUGGCAGACAGCCUUCCCCAUUCUUGGCAUUAUAUGGGGCUACUACGGCCUUUAUGAAUAGCUUCUCUCGGUCUGUGGCCUUGGAAUACCAGUCCUCUGGAGUUAUCAUACAGACUCUUACUCCUCUGGUAGUUUCCAGCAACAUGAGCCAGAUGCCACCCAGAAAAUUCUUGGUGAAGUCUUCAGAUGACUUUGUCAGAGAAGCCUUAGACACCGUAGGCAUCUCUAACUUCAGCUGGGGGUGUUUCCUACACUCUGUCCACAGCUUGUUGCUGUGGCCCCUGACCUCGAACUUCAAAUUCAUCAUCCUGAUUCUGAUGUUCUUCAACUCUCGGUUCAGAGCAUUCAGAGGAUCCUGAAGAAGUUGUGGGAGGGAGGUGGGGGCUCAGUUGGAGGCCCUUUGUUGUGGGAGGGGCAGUGACUGCUGCUGGUGGGAAGAGAGGGGCAAACAGAGGGGUUUCCUCUGCUUGGCUCAUCUCUCUGUCCUGCUUUCUAGGGUCCCUUUGAGGAGAAACCCCAGCCCUCAGAAGCCAUAGCUGUAACUUGUCAUAAUAAAUUGUUUUCUCUUUA